AGUGGACUGUCAGUCUUUAACGGGAGAAGUUCAUAGCUUAAUGUGCCUCUAGUUUAUGCAUAAGCAGGUAGUGAGAUAUUUAUUCCGUUAGAUACUUAGUGGUGUUUCACACAUUUUGAUACCUGUUAAACCAUAAAUAGCAACAAAAUGACUUCCACAACGGUCCCCGAGUUAAUAACAGUUUCAUUGUUCGUAUUUUCAACAUUGUUGCACAAUACAAAUGGAGAAAAUCGAGUGAUUUAUGAGAAUCCCAAUAAUCUUCGUGUCUUACAGGGAAAAAACCCCAUUCAAAUGUCCGUCUACUAUGAAACCUUGUGUCCAGAUAGUCUCCAUUUCCUGCAAAAUCAGCUCUUGCCACUAUUAGCGACAACACAACCACAACCAGUGCCUACGAGUGGUGGUAGUGCAGGUCAAGAUCAUCAACCAGAUUUUAACCCGAGUUCUGAAGUUGACAUUGAUUCUCUCCUUGACAUUCGUCUCAUCCCGUAUGGCAAAGCUGUCACUCUGGAAAACGCCGAAUCCACCAAACCUUACACCUUUCUCUGUCAACACGGUCCCCUCGAAUGUGAAGGGAACAAACUACAUUCUUGUGCAUUGGACGCUGCAGAAAAACAACCCAAAACCGUUAAAGAUGACACCGUGACCAAUUUCCAAAUGGUCAAUUUUCUCAUCUGCACCAUGAAAUACCUUCUCAACCCAAGCCUCACACCGCACAGAAUCACUUUAAAAUCCAACAACCUCACAUCCUUCAGCGAGGCAGCGCUAGACACCUGUUUUUCAGAAAUGUCAAACUCUACCACAUUGAAAACAGAGAUUGAGUCUUGCAUUCGAGAUGACCAGGGUCAGGGGUCACGCCUUCUCAAGCGAAACGGAGAUUUGACCAACGAACUAGAUCCCGUCCUGUAUUUCGUCCCAUGGCUCACCUUUAAUGGAAUUUGGACCAAAGAAAACUUGGAACGUGGUCAGAAAGAUAUCAACCAAGUUCUCUGCUCACUCCUAACGCCACGAACGCUCAAGUUCUACAAAGUUCUUGGAUGUCAAAAAUACAUCGGAGAGAAAGCAGUGUUGCCAAAACUUAGGAAAGUUUUGGAUCGGGGAAUGACAUUCAGCAACGAUUUGCGUCAACCAUACUUCGAUCUUAGCAGACGAGAUGGUCGAGGGAUCGUUGAAUCCAGAAAAAUCCAGAGGAUGAUAAUGAAAAUGCGUAGACCGACGAUGUCACCACAAAAAAACUUUGUCGGAGAACGAACCAGAGGUCGACGUGCAUUCCUUCAUGGGAACAAUGACAUGGGGUUGAGUCAAGGGGGAGGACCGGCUUGGAGAUUGAGGACAAAUAUGCAUGGAAAUUCUCAAAGAUGGAGAAAACCUUUAACAGUUGUGGGUCACUGAAUGGAGAAAAGUACUGAUUCUGAUCAAGUUAUUAGUACAAAUCUCAAUCUCGACUGUUAUAUUAUAUUACUUUAUAAUUGCGAUAACUUAUAUAAGCAUGUAUUAUAUUUAGUAUAUUUUGUGUGUGCAUUUACUUAUUUUUUCUGAGCAAUGUUUGGUAUCUGAAUAUAUGUAGGUUUAAAAUAAAAAUAGAAAUAUGCUUAAGAAUGAAUCAUAA